UCGGUGUUUGGGACUCUGGGUGCGCGGUAGUUUGGUUUCUGCUCCGGGUUCGCUGUCACAGUCCGUCACUCCCGGGAGCCCGGGACAGACAGGGCAACGCCCGUGUGUGUGUGUGAGCGGGACUCAGGGCAGAGGCGUCCUCUCGCUGUCUUUUUUUCUUCCUUUUAUCCAAAGAAGGGGGCAGUUCUCGCGCUUGCCUUCCUGUCGCCCCGUAGGGAGCGGGGUUGGUGUGCGGAGUGGUUCGUCUUUUUUUCUUUUAAACUUGUGAGCGUUUUUGUUUUUGUUUUUAUUUUUUUCCUCCCCUUUUUUUUAGGCUCAGUGCCGUCUGGACUGGUUUCAUUGGUCCCUGACUAACCGCUUUCUGCCCCUUCUCUCGCCACCCCCGCCCAAGGUCGCCCCUCUGCCCUCGCCCCUGGCCCGGGGGGUGGGAAGCUUUGUCAGGCUCCCUGCCCACUCGAGUCUCCGCAGCGUAGCAGCACCUGCUUCAGUAUGAACGGGGUCAACGACCCCCCUCUUUUUAUAAAAGAUAUUAAGCCCGGACUGAAAAACUUAAAUGUCGUCUUUAUUGUGCUGGAGAUAGGACGCGUGACCAAAACCAAAGACGGCCAUGAAGUGAGAUCAUGCAAAGUAGCAGAUAAAACUGGCAGCAUCACUAUUUCCGUGUGGGAUGAAAUCGGAGGUCUUAUACAGCCAGGGGAUAUUAUCCGGUUGACCAGAGGGUAUGCAUCCAUGUGGAAAGGAUGUCUGACACUUUAUACUGGAAGGGGUGGAGAACUUCAAAAAAUUGGGGAAUUUUGUAUGGUUUAUUCAGAAGUGCCAAAUUUCAGUGAACCUAACCCAGAUUAUCGAGGACAGCAGAACAAAGGGGCACACAGUGAACAGAAGAAUAAUUCCAUGAAUAGUAAUAUGGGUACAGGUACAUUUGGACCAGUGGUUUAUCUUCAGAUUGAUGCUCACCUUAAUUUUUCACAUGCUCAUGGCUGCCUCUUUAAAAGACUGCCCUUUACCCCUCAAAUACUCUCAAAGGAAAUGGUGUUCAAACUGGCUCAGAAGCAAGGGGAUGCCAAUUUUCAUAUGCUGGUAGAAGCAAUGGCCGGGGACCUGUAAAUCCACAGCAACCAGGAACAGCUAAUAAUCAAACAGUCAUGACCACAAUAAGUAAUGGCAGGGACCCUCGGAGAGCCUUUAAAAGAUGACCUAUGCCAAAUACGCCCAUGUAGUUUUUAAACUACAUGCCCUACUUGAACACUUACUGCACUUUUAUUUAUUGUUAGCUGUGAAAACUGUCCUUUAUCGGUUUCCUUUUAUGUUUUUGGUUUGUUAACAAGAGUGGUUUGUUUUUUAUAGCAGAACUAUUAAGCUGCUCGAGUCUCCUAUUGAAGAAUGGGAACACUCUGAAGAAUAGGGGCAUUUAUUUUUAGAGCAAAAAGAUCUUUGGAUAUCCUCUAAAAUACCUGCACCCAUUUCAUGGGUUGAGUUACUUACAACAUCAGCAUUUUAGCCUCUAUGAGUCUAUUUUCUGUAUAAACUUUGUAAUAUUUAAAAUAAGGCUUAGUGGGAGAUGUUCUUUUGUCUUAAAAACAGAUAUUGCCAGCUAAAGCAAUAACCACCAAAAAAACAAAAACAUGGUUAAUGCUAACAGCAAUUUUUGAGUGUUUGUGACUCCAGGAAUGAUUGACUUCUUCAUUGAGUGACUGCCAUUAAGAUUUUCCAGGGACUGAAUCAUCCUAAACUCUUGUUCUGUUACCAAAAAACAUAUUCUUUAUCAGAAUUAUGGAAUAGAAUGUGAUCUGUAUUAUAACAAGAAAUUUUUGGAAGAAAGCUACAUUUACUUUAUCUUAGGGUAGUCUUAUUAAUACUUAUCAGCUUUGUGCAUUACACUGAAUGGAAAUUUAAAACUGAGGCCUUGAAUGUUUAUUUUCUUAAACUACUAUGUCAAAUAUUGAAGUUUAAUUUGAGGGAGUUAUGAAGACAUAAUAAACAUUGAUCUAAUUUUUACAAAUUAUGGUAGAUAAAUAUUAUAAUGAAGGCAGUUCAAAUUGAAUUUAUGUAGAAAAAUGUAAUCUUAAUUUAUAGCGUCCUAGGUCCUUGCAGAAACUCAGCCUGGAGUGAAAUUCCUAGGUUCUUACUUUAUUUGAAGGGUAUGUGUGUGUGUGUUUAUUGUCAGUUUCUGAACACAAUUCACAAAGCCUUAUCAGCAAAAGUUAAGAAAUGGCUCUCUCAAAGAAGCAAAUACAGCUUUAUUUAGAAAUGUAAAGGUAGAAUUUAUUUAUGUGUUGUAAAUGGUGUCCAGUUCCACUUUUUACUGUAGGGUGGAUAACUGGUAAAUUUUUCCUUUGUUGGAAUUAAACUCUUCUUCAACAUUAUCUCUUGAAUAAAACUUACGUUAAUGUUAACAGACCUACCUUAUUUUUGCUCUUUUAAUGGUUUACAAUGGAGAGCCAGUACCUUUUACUGUAAUUGUAAUGAUGACUUAAGCCUGGUGACUACUUAGCUUUGUAUUUGUCACUGUGUCUUUUUUUUCCCCACCUCAAAUAACAAUAAUUUAAGUGGACUUUGUUUUCUGAAAGUGCCAUAGCGUUUAAAUAUAAAAAUUUGUGCCAGGUAUUUGUUUGCUCCAAUCCAGUGUGUCUAACAGGUAUUUCAGUAUGUCACAUAUUAGGCACUGUGGGGAUAGUGUUAAGGGGUAGAUGAAAUAAUGAAUAAUCUCAAGAAGAUUAUUGUUUAUAGUAUUUCAGUAACUGGGGAUUAUAUGUUAUAGAAAUAAGUUUUUCCUUUAUUCAUAUACUGAUGAUUAUAGGUAAUUUGGCUUUGUGACUAGUAUUUUCUUAAGAUGUUCACAAAAUUACAGAUGUUUGGAGUAAAAAAAAACAUUACAAAUUAGUACAUAAUUUUUUUUUUUUUAAAUCUAAGUAGAUGUAGGAGCACUAACACUGAGUUAUUUGUGGGAGAAUAGUGUUUAAGGUGAUUUUAAAAGAAAGAAUUUUGGAGUUUUGGAAGAUUAAAAUAAUCAGGUAUGGAUUGCUGAGCUUCCAAUCCUGGCCUUAUUUUCUCUUCACCUGUGAUGUUGGGCAAGUUAUUCCACUUGAAACCUCUGUAAGCCAUAGGUUCCAUAACUAUAAAAACAAGUAAGUGAGUAAUAUUACCCCUUUGUAUACUUAAGAUUUUCCCGUGUGAAUGAGUAGAAUGAUUUCUGGCUCAUAAUAAGCAGUCAAGUGUUUAUUGUCUAGUCAUACCUCAAGAACAGAAGAAAAUGCAGGGUUAGGUGUGGAAGUAUUGUUACCCUUUAACGUGUUGAGAUUAAGUAGAGAAAGACCUUAUCUUUUACUUUUGUAAUUGACAUUUGCCUCAAUCA